GCAAAGAGUGGUCUAAUCGUAACGGCCGCCAUGAUGGCUUGAUUGGCACGCCCUAGAGAGUAAGAACACAAGGGUUUUAGUCUGGUUUCUUGGCGAGAAAUCAAGCAAAUUUCAGUACCUGUAACUACGUAAACAUUAUAAAAAAAGUGGUCAUCGGUCUAGCAAAUAAUCUCGGCAUUUAAGCCGAACCUGAGGCUUGUAGCGGCGUUUGAAACGGAGCGAUCUGGAUUUGAGGUCAAGGAGGGGAUGAUACAAAAUGGGUAAACUUUUAUCAAAGAUAUUUGGAAACAAGGAGAUGCGGAUUCUGAUGUUAGGGCUUGACGCAGCUGGAAAGACGACUAUACUUUAUAAAUUAAAAUUAGGGCAGUCUGUCACAACUAUACCUACCGUAGGAUUCAAUGUUGAAACAGUCACUUUUCAAAAAGUUAAAUUUAAUGUUUGGGAUGUAGGCGGACAAGAUAAAAUAAGACCCCUUUGGAGGCAUUACUUUGCAGGCAGUCAAGGGCUUAUAUUUGUGGUUGAUUGUGCGGAUCGCGAUAGGAUUGACGAGGCUAGGAAAGAACUACAGCGCAUAAUCAAUGAUAGAGAAAUGAAAGAUGUUAUCAUAUUGAUAUUUGCAAACAAGCAGGAUUUACCAGAUGCCAUGAAGCCUCAUGAAAUUCAAGAAAAGAUGGGUCUCACGAGAAUAAGAGAUAGAAAUUGGUAUGUGCAGCCAUCAUGUGCUACAACAGGGGAUGGACUUUAUGAUGGCCUAAAAUGGCUUAGUACCAACUUCAAGACCUAGCGUCAUCUAGAAUUUCCAUACAUUAACUACCACAGACUCUUACAUACAUAACAAAGUGAACACUUUCCCAUUGUGAAUAACAAUUAAUUAAUUAUUAUUAUUAUUAUUAUUACAACUGUGAUAAGAUUUAAAUUGAGAUAAUCUACAUAGAUUGUAGAUAAUGAUAUUGUGCAAUAUGGUGUAUCUUGAAUGGUAAAGCCAUAUGGGACUGGGUUGAUAUACUUGCCUCAGGCUGUUUUUUUUCUGCUUGAAAGAGGUGAAAAAAAUGGUUCAUAAUCAAAUAAAAGUACAUUUUCUUGCUAGUCUACUAAAAUAGAUUGUUGUCCACGUUUUUUUAUAUCUUCCUGUUUUUUUUCUUUUUGAAAUUAUUUUUUUAGAUAAAUUGGAUUAUUCUUUUAAUCAAUCAAAACAUUUUUGUAAGGAACCAACCAUUUGAUAUCUGAUAGGCUGAUAAAAAAUACCCCCCUCCCACCACCACCGCACACACACACAAUAAAAGUAAAGAAAAUGAGUAAUGAAUCUCUAGAAAAUGUUGAACAAGCAAUCUUUGUCUAAAGGCUUUGCAAAAUUCUAGAAAAAAAAAUUAAACAACUCAACUGGAUUACUUCUCCAUCAGACAUCAAAUGAUUGUUUAAUUUGUAUGUUUCCCUGGCAUCUUGUGAUGUGCCUUAUAAUGGCUAUUCUAACCACACGAUGAUGAUAGAUGUCCUCUCCCUGAAAAUUGUAUUAUACACUUUAGAAUCUAUAAUUUUGAUACCUCAAUUGGGGCUGCUUUAUUUUGCAAGUAGCUUUCUGUUCAUUUUAUAAGAAACGAUUCUGGUCGGUAUCAGUACGUAAUGUUGAGAGUUGUGCAGAGGGCAUUCUUGUAAUUAGUGACAAUUGUGUUGAUGUGCAAUUGUGUUUUACAAUAAAUUAUGAAUCCAA